UGAUCUGAAUCAUUUUCGCCGGAGACUUUGUCAAGAGAUGACUUUAUUUUUCACGUUUCUUCUGCCUCUGCUGAUCAGCUUUGCGAUCGGACAACAAUAUGGUUACCAGAACCAAAAUUACGGCGGUAGAAGUCCGGAUAGUUUGGAGAAAUUUCCUUGGGUGGUGGCCGUGCUGAACAAAGACGAUUUAAUAACUCGGUACAUCGGAUCGGGAUCUCUGAUUAAACCCAAUGUGGUUCUCACUGCCGUUCAUAUCCUAAAUGAUAUAUCUGAAAAUGAACUGCUGGUGCGGGCUGGCGAAAAUGAUACUUCAACCACGCAGGAUCAGCAGCAUGUGGAUCUUGAGGUCUUGAGGAUAGUUGCACACGAACAGUUCAACAAGUACAACGCAGAAAACAAUGUGGCCUUGCUGAUUUUGAAGUCUAAAGUUACGAUGACUAGGAACAUCCAAACAAUUGCCUUGUAUAUGGGUGGACAAAUCCUACAGAACUCAUGCUUCUUCAACGGCUGGGGCAAGGAGGAGUGGAACUCGAAGGAUUAUCCCACCAUCCUUAAAAAUACCAAAAUAGAAAUAAUCGGAAAUCCUUUAUGCCAGCAAUUGUUGGGCCGACCAAUAUCCACUCGACAAUUUUGUGCCAAUGGCUUACAGGGAAAGGAUUGUAGUGGCGACGGUGGAGCUCCCGUGGUUUGCAGAAUAGGUGAAAACCCCCCAACCCUCGCACAGGUGGGUGUGGUCAACUGGGGAUCUCGCAGGCCAGGAGAUAAUACCCCCACCAUCUAUACGUAUGUCUACAGUCUGCAAGGUUGGAUUCAAUACCAGCUCAGGUUACCAGCUAACUACGUUCCCAAAUAGAUUGAAGAUUUUAAUGAGACUCAAAUAAAUGUUGUGUAAAAAUUACAAUUAUUUCUUCAAUCCAGUAUCUUAUGUCACAAUCACACAAAGAAUGCACGUCUUUUUU